AGUUGAAAAUGGCGUCUGUCAACAUGGCUCAUUCGGGAGAGGAAAUAUAUGAAGAAAAGAAGCUAACAUAUGAGGAGUACAUGUUUAAUCAUAUACGGAAGAAGUAUAAACGAAGAAAGAAAAGAAAAGGAAGCUAUCCUUACCUUUGUUUGUUCUUCAUUGUCGAUAAAUUAACAGACAUUUUGAGAUCAGAUCCGGGGGAAUACAGCGGGCUAAAAACUGUGUUGGGGUUCCCCACGGGGGCUCUUAUAGCAUUCGGCCUAUACCUGGCAGUUUUGGCGCCAUUAGAUCUACAGAAAGAGACAGCCGAGUUAUUUGGCGGACUCCUGGGUCUAGGGUUAGCGACCGGAUAUGCAAUUUCCGCGCAUGUGCGAUGCAUCUGUUGGUUGCUUGUUCCCACAUUCUUCGGAAAGAAAGGACGGUCAUUUAUAGGAACCUAUGCAAUUAUAUUCCUUAUCGCAGGGCCAGUUCAUAACCUCGCUACAAACGGAAGGGAGGUGAUCCGCUCCCUGACUUGUGCCGCGGAGUUAGCCAUUAACCAGACAUCUGCUAAAUGGGAGCUAAGGACCAAACCAUUCCGCAGGAUCAUGUCGCAGUUUGUGAAUGAAGGCGCUCAUUUGAAGAAGGUGACAAAGAAGAUAGACGCAGCUUACCAGCCAAUCAGAAAAGAGUUGAAAAGCCACGAAGAUAGCGACGAGUAUGAAAUCGAAGACGAGGAUUCGGAAGCUAAAAUGGCGGAAAGAAUGAGACAGGUUGACAAAGUGACACACAAUCGACGCGGAAACAGGAUGCAGAAGAUAGAAUCCGAAAACGAUGAGAGCACAGCGAAAGACAGAGCAGAAAAAUCCGAGAAAAAAUACCGGAAAAAGCUAGAAAUGAGAUGUGAAGAUGUAUGGAACAAGGCAGUAAUCAAGUGUCGAGGAGCCUUCAGGGAUUUGGAGAGAAAGUGUCUGUCCGCCAUUCCUGUCAUUGGCUUUGUUUUGUGUCUGCCACUGAAACUGACAAUCUUCUGCCAGCUCGCUAAAGUGGUGCCAAACGCAUUAGGAAUGGAGUGUAAAUCUAUGGAUGUGAUGGAGCCAGGCUUUGGUGACGUAUACGUGACGUCAGAGGACACAAUGGUCGACAUGGAAGAAAACUUUGACGUCAAUUUACAGUAUAAGAUGAUACAAACUCCUGAAGACAUCGACUAUACAAUGGCAGAGGAAGUUCGGAAGGGAACGAUGCACGAGUUUGAUAAGAAGCAAGCUUGGGUGGACUUCUUCACGUCGAUUCUCGCGAGAUUUAUGGCAUUUACUUUUAUAGUGGUGAUCGUGAGCUCCUAUAAAUACAACAAGAAGUAUUUAACAGACUUUAAGUUCGAUAACAACUACAUCUCUAAGUACUUCCGCCAUAUUGAUGCAAGACGCCAUUACCAAAAUAAGCGUACAUUAUUACCCCUGAAGAAUUUUGAAAAGGAUAAAAUGAUUUAUCCCGAUACACUAAAAAUGAUGCGAGGGGAAAAAAGAAAGCUGAGCAAAGGCACCUUCUUAAUUUUAAUGCGGGCGUUAAUAUCAGGACUGAUCGUAAUGUCCGCCAAUCUACUGUAUGAUGUGAUGGAUAUCAUAGAGAAAAACAGUCACAUAAGUUACAGACAAACAGGCUUGCAUUACAUUAAUGUGAAGGUGGCUGGUGUGGGAUUCAUGAGUCAGAUCAUACGACUCUUUCUAAAGGCUUUCAACAGUGAACAUUCUAUUGAUAACGUGACCACGAAUUUUAAAUGUUUACCUCAUCCCACAAAACUAAGGUCAUGGGAAGUCUACAGAAUUUACGCUGUAUAUAUUAUUGUUUGGAUUCUCAUGUUAUUUGAAGCAUAUGGCUUACGCAUGCGCAGACUCAUUUGUGCUUUCUUUUAUCGAAAGAGGGAGAAAUCACGGAUAUUGUUUAUGUAUAACGAACUAUUGAAGAGGAGGAAAGGCUAUCUUAUUCAUCUACGUAAAAAAGUUAGAAAACAGGCUAGGAAAUUCCAGCUUUCUCGGGAUUCUGGUAUUUUGAUUGGAAUAAGGCGUUCAUGUCCACGUCUUGCCUCUAUAGUGAAGCGUUUUAAGGCGUCUAAGACUCGGUGUCUGAUUUGUGAUGAUCUGGAGACAGAAGGAUUCGUUCUCUGUUCUACACCAGGAUGUAAUUUCUCUUACUGUGCCGACUGCUGGAUCGAUUGCAAGAAAAAGUGUUACGCAUGCGUACCGCGUUCUACAGAUUUCAGCGACAGUGACAAUUCUGAUGAUGGGAGCACAGAAGAUGAUGACGUAUAA